CAGUGUGACUGUUGAGGUCAGAGUUCAGAGUCGGUACAAGUGAGUCAAAUCAAUAGAUUGUCAUUUCCCAUACGACUACACGAAAAGAAGGAGCGUUUUUAUUGAGAAGAAACAAGAUGGUGAACAUGAAGCUGAUACUGUUGGUGUCCCUGGUUGUGGUUUUCGCCGAGGCUGUCCCUGUACGGGAGCACACCCUCGUCAAGCGAGGAAUUUUUGAUAAUAUUUUGGAAAGUGCACGUCACCAUCUCAAUAAUGCUGCCACUGCUGUACAGCAACAUUUGCAAACGGCCAGAGAACACAUACAGCGCACUGGGGAGGAGCUGAGGACACACCACGAGAACGUCAGGGACCACCUGGACCGCCUAGGGGACAAGAUGGAGGAUCACUUGGACACAGUGCGAGAUCACUUACAGAACCUUGCCGAUGAUUCUGGUCUUGACCUUGACCUUGGCAAUAGCCCUGACACAGAGGAAGGAGAGUCCGUACCUGCUGUUGACCUGUCGUAGAUCACUGGUUCCGUAGACGAUGCUCCUAUCAGCUUGACGAUAAAGUCAUCAGAAUAUCAUAAUGAAGAUUUAUAAUUACUUAUUACAUGUAUUGUGCUUGAAGUUAUUUGAAAAAAAAAUCCCUUCUUUUAUAUGAGAACGUGCACGUGAUUAAAAUCAAAUUAAAUUUAAUAACGACUAACACCAACAAUAAAGAAAACUCAUUUCAAUACUUUGUGACAUUUGUUGUUAAUUUCUAAGUAUUAAUAUUGUGUAUCAAUAAAUAAAAAUAUUUUUUA